AUGACAAUGCUCAACGACAAUGCCGGCGAAACGUCUGGGAAUGUACCACGUGCAGGAUCCGACUUUGGAAACGAUCAUGCAUACAAUGGACUCCCGACUAGGAGACUGCGACUAAACCAAAAGCCGCACCAUCUUGCUCUUCAUAUCGGUGAUUUUUAUGUUUGCCAGCCGCCAAUUGACAAGCAGGUAGGAAAAAAAGGCUCUUUGGAAGAUCUCUCCGAGAGGGGUCCUUGUCCUCCUUUGGUGUCUAACUCCGAGCGUACAGAGGCUUCAGCUGAUGUAAAUUAG